CCAUUUUUAUCAUCCAAAAACUAACAGACACACACUUCAAACUUCUUCCCUCCCUUUCUCUCUCUUCCCCCACACAAAUUGCACAAAAUUGAGAGAGAGUGAAAGAGAAAGUGAAGCUCUAAAAUGGCAAGAUAUGCAAUGUCAUUCUUCCUCUUCUUUGCUUUGUUAGCUCCUAUCUUUGUUCUUUCUUCACCAGCUGUUGUCCCUGACCCUGAACUUGUUGUACAUGAAGUACAUAGGAGUAUCAAUGAGUCCAUUGCUAGGAGAAACUUGGGCUACCUCUCAUGUGGAACAGGCAACCCCAUUGAUGAUUGCUGGAGAUGUGAUCCAAAUUGGCAUGAGAACCGCCAAAGGCUAGCAGAUUGCGCUAUUGGGUUCGGAAAGAAUGCCAUUGGAGGCAAAAAUGGGCGCAUUUACGUGGUCACCGACUCGGGUGAUGAUGACCCUGUUAACCCCAAACCAGGCACCCUUAGGUACGCUGUGGUCCAAGAUGAACCAUUAUGGAUCAUAUUCCAAAGAGACAUGGUAAUCAGAUUAAAAGAAGAGUUGAUCAUGAAUUCCUUCAAGACUAUUGAUGGCAGGGGAGCUAGUGUUCACAUUGCUGGUGGACCAUGCAUUACCAUACAAUAUGUUACCAACAUCAUCAUUCAUGGCAUAAACAUACAUGAUUGUAAGCAAGGUGGCAAUGCUAUGGUGCGGAGUAACCCUCAUCAUUACGGAUGGCGGACGAUUUCGGAUGGCGAUGGGGUGUCCCUCUUUGGUGCUAGCCAUGUUUGGGUUGAUCAUUGUUCAUUGUCUAAUUGUAUGGAUGGGUUGGUUGAUGCUAUCAUGGGUUCAACUGCCAUCACCAUCUCUAACAAUUACAUGACUCACCAUGAUAAGGUUAUGUUGUUAGGCCAUAGUGACUCUUACACUGCUGAUAAGAAUAUGCAAGCCACCAUUGCUUUUAAUCACUUUGGUGAAGGUCUUGUUCAGAGGAUGCCAAGAUGUAGACAUGGAUACUUCCAUGUGGUAAACAAUGACUACACCCAUUGGGAAAUGUAUGCCAUAGGUGGGAGUGCUAAUCCUACCAUCAAUAGUCAAGGCAACAGAUUUUUAGCCCCUGAUAGAAGAUUCAGCAAAGAGGUGACUAAACACGAGGAUGCCCCGGAGAGUGAAUGGAAGAAUUGGAAUUGGAGGUCAGAAGGUGACCUAAUGCUUAAUGGUGCAUUUUUUACGCCAUCGGGUGCUGGUGGCAGCUAUGCAAGGGCCUCAAGUUUGGGAGCUAGGCCAUCAACCCUUGUUGGCUCAAUUACUUCUAAUGCUGGUGCACUUAACUGCAGGAAAGGUUCUCGCUGCUGAUGUAUAAUAACAGCUUUAAUUAACAGCAACAAAUUAUCUUAACUCAAUUGGGUUCAAGAUUAAUUAUUCAUAGGAAAAUUCUUAAUGAAGAGAGGGACUAAUUAUAAACUAAGGGAAGAAACAUAAAAAAAAUCCACAGUUUUUUCCUGGAAUUUCACCCUUUUUUUUUUUUUUUUUUUUUUUUUUUUUACUUUUGACUUUUUAUCUUUGUCUCCUCUCUUCUUUUUUUUUUUGUUGGUUUUCUUUUGACUGCAUUGUUAUCAGUUUGAUUGUUCUUUCUUUUUUUUCACCCUUAUUUUUGUAAUUGGGUUGACCCAAGAAAAUUACAACCUCGGCCUGUUACUCUAAACCAAUCAUUUGAAUUGUAAGGUUAGAGUUAACAAGUGCAGAUGUGUUGAUAUAUAAAUUAAUGAUACUACACUUUUUUA